AUGUCUGCAACAUUCCGCGGGAGGAAGCACUACAACAACCAAAACGUGCUAGCAGCUGUGGAUUUUGAUAUGAGGUUUACCUACGUGCUUGCAGGGUGGGAGGGCAGGCAGGGUCUCGGCGAGAUGAGGGCUACGUCGUCGGCGUGGGCCGUCGUGCUGCUGCUCGCCGCGCUCGUCCCCGUCUCUCUCGCAUCCGCCUCCGACCACGCAGGAUUCUCGCCGACGCGCGCGCCGCCGCUCGCCGCUCCCAUGCCCGCCCCCUCGGCGGCUCCUCCGCACCCGGCACUACCUCGCGCCGUCCUUCCCCGCAAGGUCCUCCGCCCGGCAGUUGCAGGCACUGUCCGGCCUCACCGCGUGGACGACGGGUGCGCCGGCGCCGACGACAUCGCCAUCUACCAGGGUCGCGGGACGACGCUGCCCAGCGGUGUGCCGGCGUACACGGUGGACGUCAUGAACCGGUGCUCGGCCGGCGACUGCGCCAUCGCCGGCAUCCACGUGCGCUGCGGCUGGUUCAGCUCCGUCACCCUGGUGGACCCGCGCAAGUUCCGCCGCCUCGCGCGCGACGACUGCCUCAUCAACGACGGCCAGCCGCUCCUGGCCGGGGAGACGCUGUCGUUCGAGUACGCCAACUCCUUCCCCUACCCGCUCGCCGUCGCCGUCGCCACCUGCGUCGACCCGGCCGCCGCCACCUCGCCGUAGCCGCUACAUACGGAGCGAGCUCGGUAGCACCCUCUAAAUACCUAGUCCGAUACGUAUUAUAAACUCAUACACACUGCUAGUACUACCACCGUGCUAGUUUUUUUGCAUGAUUACCUGCGACCAGUACAAGUGUAAGUAGCUGCCCGCCUGCCUGCAUGCUUCUCUCUCCCAGCUGCCGGUAGCUAGGAAAAUUUUGUUACCACUGCUAGUAUUCGAAAAACUCCAAAUGUUUGUCAACACAUGCGUGCAUGCCCAAACUGUGAUACUAGUACCACUUGUAGCAGAGAUGGAAUCGCUACUUGUCUUUUGCUGGGCCUCCAAAGAAAAGAGCAACUCUAUGGGAAUGUCAAGUAAAUGCGACAAGUCCUUU